GUGCCUCGGUUGGUGAAGAGAUCUUGCAAGCUGUCAGUGGGAUGGACCAAACCAACAGCAGCAGUAACGGUGGAUAUGGACCUCGUCCCCCACCGUACAACCACCAGGAGUCCAAAGAGGGGACUUACACAGGGGUCAGCUAUCAGGUAGGGAAAGGAAAUGUCAUGGUGGUGUCCCCUCCCGGCCUCUAUGAUAACGUGGUCCUUUCUGAGGGAGCAGCAGGAGGCCCCCAGCAGUUCACUGAAGCUCCACCUGAAUACUCUUCCGGCUUGGAGGAGAGCGGCUUCAGCGACGCUGUUAUACGAAGAGGUUUCAUAAGGAAAGUCUACUUGACCUUGAUGAUUCAGCUGCUGGUGACAGUCGGGAUCAUCUGUGCUUUUCUUUACUGGGUCACUCUCCGGGAAUGGGCGUUGGACACCUACUGGCUCUCCUACUGCAUGAUGGCAGUGGUGAUGGUGCUCAUCGUGGCCUUGUCCUGCUGCAACAACCUCCGUCGUCGAGUCCCCCUCAAUUUCAUCGCCCUGGGCCUGUUUACUGUCGCAGAGGGCCUGAUGCUCGGAUCUGUGGCAGUGUACUUUGAUGCUGAAGCAGUUCUGUGGGCUGUGGGGGCCACGGCGCUGGUGUCCUUUGCCUUGACUCUGUUUGCGAUGCAGUCAAAGUGGGACUUCACUGCAGCAAAUGGCAGCCUGUGGGUGUUCGCCUGGACCCUCUUCUCCUUUGCAAUGCUCUGUGCCAUCCUGCGCUCUCAGUAUCUUUACAUCGUGUACGCCUGCCUGGGAACUCUGCUGUUUUCCUUGUACCUGGUGUUCGAUACCCAGCUCAUCCUGGGCGGGAAACACAGAAAGUAUGAGCUGUCUCCUGAGGAGUAUGUGUUCGCUGCCCUGAACCUCUAUUUGGACAUUGUCUCCCUGUUCCUGCUCCUGCUGCAGCUCAUCGGCCUCUGCCGCUGACACAACACGCCAGGACUCACAUCCCAUAAUCAACACAGAGACACAAGACGACUGCUUUUGUUAAAAUAUCAAAAUCUACAACUGGAUUACAUGUUUCUACAAUGAUACUGAACUAGGAUUGACAAACCACUUGACACUCUUGUUAUCAUAUUUGCGCAGUUCUUUCUCUUGAUGUUCACACAUCAAAGUGAAAGUUAUUAUGCACUGGCAUUUUAUUAAGUGAUUUUCCCAUUUGAUUUUUAUUCUGCUGUAAAAUAUGUUGCCACCCUUAAAUCAAAAUUCAGCCUGCUUAAUAUGCAUUUCAUUAAAGUUAACUUAACUGUUGUUUUUAUUUCCAGUGUUCUGAAACAAGAAGCUGUGAUGGAAGGCGAACAAAGAGAAA